GCUGAGGCUGCUGCCCUGUCGCCAUUGAGCAAAGUUAAUUCUCCCUCUGCACACACACACAAACACACGUACACUCCUCCGCCUCUUCCACGCUAUAGCGUACGGUUAAGACGGUGCCAGCCGCCCCGAGCGAGGCACGCAGCCCAGCGCCGGGACCCAGCGGGGGGUGCAGGGAGGCGGCCGGCCCAGGGGAUGCCGAUGCCCUGAGCCGCGAGCGCGCCGCGGGGGCCGAGGGACGGCGCGGCCCCGCCGGUGUUACCUACAGGUGAAGAUGGAAACACAGACCAGGAAGUCAGCCUUCCCUCAUCUGUAUAUGGAGAACUGAAUCUUUUUUACUCUGUUGUUUUGUGCUUGAAUACAGUUCUGGAGAACCUCUCAACAUGAAUGCUACUGACAGUGGGAUCAGUAGUCUCUGUGCAAUAUGUGGAGACCGAGCAACUGGAAAACAUUAUGGAGCUUCCAGCUGUGAUGGAUGCAAAGGUUUCUUUAGACGCAGUAUACGGAAAAAUCAUGUUUAUACAUGCAGAUUCAGCCGACAAUGUGUUGUUGACAAGGACAAAAGGAAUCAGUGCAGAUACUGUCGUUUAAAAAAAUGUUUUCGAGCAGGAAUGAAAAAAGAAGCUGUACAAAAUGAACGGGACAGAAUCAGUACAAGAAGAAAUACUUUUGAUGGCUGCAACAUUCCCUCUAUUAGCACACUGUCACAAGCUGAGACACUUUCCCGUCAGAUCUCAGUCUCCAGUCCUGGUGCAAGCGCUGACAUAAAUGCAAAGAAAAUUGCUGGUAUUAGUGAUGUCUGUGAAUCUAUGAAGCAGCAACUUUUGGUCCUGGUGGAAUGGGCUAAAUAUAUUCCCGGUUUCUGUGAAUUACCACUGGAUGACCAGGUUGCACUGCUGAGAGCACAUGCUGGGGAGCACCUGUUGCUUGGAGCAGCAAAACGGUCCAUGGCAUAUAAGGACAUUUUGCUUUUAGGUAACAACUACAUAAUCCAUCGCAACAGUACUGAAGUGGAGAUCAGCCGAGUGGCAAAUCGAAUCCUAGAUGAACUAGUUCGACCCUUCCAGGAAAUUCAGAUAGAUGACAACGAGUAUGCUUGCUUGAAAGCGAUUGUUUUUUUUGAUCCAGAUGCAAAAGGCCUGAGUAACCCAAUGAAGAUUAAGAACAUGCGAUACCAAGUCCAAAUCAGUUUAGAGGAUUAUAUCAAUGACCGUCAGUACGACUCCCGAGGAAGAUUUGGAGAGCUUUUGCUUUUACUGCCUACACUCCAGAGUAUCACUUGGCAAAUGAUUGAGCAAAUACAACUGGUUAAACUAUUUGGAAUUGUUAAAAUUGACAGUUUGCUUCAGGAAAUGUUACUGGGAGGUACUUCUAAUGAUGCCAGUCAUUUACAUCAUCCAGUACAUCCUCACUUGGCCCAAGAUCCAUUAACCGGCCAAACUAUUCUAAUAAGUUCAAUGUCUGCUCCUGUACAUGCAGAACAGAUUUCAACACCCGAAACUCCAUUACCUUCCCCUCCUCAAGGCUCUGGACAAGAAUACAAAAUGUCUUCAAAUCAGGCUUCAGUAAUUGCACAGCAGUCUAUUUUAAAACAAAAAUCAUUGUGAUAAUAUUUCUUUGUCUUGUUCUUCCUACCUUCCUUAUUUCCCUCAUUCUUUCCCUUCACUUCUCCCUCCUUCCAUUCCUCUUUCCUUUUUAUGCACUAGAUAAUUUGGUAGAAAACUUGCACAUUUAAAAUCUCAGGAUGAUAUAGGAUAUUAUUUCCCCAGAGCCAUUGCUGUGGGUGUUUCUUGAGACCUUUUGUGAUUUGUAAAAUAAUACUGUUCUGACUGCUAUGCAGAGCUGUAACUGUGGACAAUGCAGUCUGAUUAAAAUGUAUAAAGGUUGA